CUUCCUUCCCUCGCGCCCGCCGGCCCGCCCUCCAGGUCUCUCUCCCGCGUCCCGAUUGUCUCCGUUCCCUUCUCCGUCCGCCCUUGCCCUUGCCCUGCCUGGUCGCUCCCUCGCACUUCCUGAGUCGCCCGCCGCCGCAGUCUCGCCGCGCCGCGGGAGCCCGCGAAGCCGCUGCCCCAGCUCCAGCCUCCGCAGCCCGCGGCGCCCCACCCGAGGGAGCCCCGGUGCCCCGGGAAGGGAAGAGUGGGCGAGCGCGCCCUCGCCCAGCCCCGCGCCCCAGCCCCGCCCGGGGAGAAAGGACCGGGAAGAUGAACAACGGCAGCAAAGCCGAGAAGGAGAACACCCCGAACGAGGCCAACCUUCAGGAGGAAGAGGUCCGGACCCUCUUUGUCAGUGGUCUCCCUCUGGAUAUCAAGCCUCGGGAGCUCUACCUGCUUUUCAGACCAUUUAAGGGCUACGAGGGUUCUCUUAUAAAGCUCACGUCUAAGCAGCCCGUAGGUUUUGUCAGUUUCGACAGUCGCUCAGAAGCAGAAGCUGCAAAGAAUGCUUUGAACGGCAUCCGCUUCGAUCCUGAAAUUCCGCAAACACUACGACUAGAGUUUGCUAAGGCAAACACGAAGAUGGCCAAGAACAAACUCGUAGGGACUCCAAACCCCAGUACUCCUCUGCCCAACACUGUACCUCAGUUCAUUGCCAGAGAGCCGUAUGAGCUCACAGUGCCUGCACUUUACCCCAGUAGCCCUGAAGUGUGGGCCCCGUACCCUCUGUACCCAGCGGAGUUAGCGCCUGCUCUACCUCCUCCUGCUUUCACCUAUCCCGCUUCACUGCAUGCCCAGAUGCGCUGGCUCCCUCCCUCAGAGGCUACUUCUCAGGGCUGGAAGUCCCGUCAGUUCUGCUGAAUACUAUGUUCCAGGUGUGUGAUGGUGGCUGCAAUCUGUCUUGUGGGUAUUAAUGCAAUCUUCAAUGGUGGCUACUGUUCUCGAGCUGUUCCACAAAACUGGAGCGUGCUGGCUUGAGAAAACCUCGCCCAGUUUUGAGCCCUCCAAGACUCUGCCACAGCCUCUAUCACACAUCUGUUUUUCUCGAAGAAAAAAAAUAUAUAUAUAAUAAAAAUGUUUUACUCUUUUACACUGUAUAAUUGUGAGAAAUAGUGUGUUAUUUGUGAACGCAUGGCCUGACAUACAUUUCUGUACAGUUUGGAGAUAUUUUCAAACAAAACAUAAGAGAAGUCGGCAAUAAAACCAAGAGAGUGAGUAUUUUUAUACCAAACAUUUUAAGUAUAUGACAGGAUGGAUUAUCUUACACUGGGUCGGAUCAGGAUUUUUGUGCUUGACUUUUGAAUGCUUGUAAUUAAUCCUUUUUUUUUUUUUCCUCUAAAGUGAGCUGCAUGUUUCAGGCAUGCUUUUAAAUAUUAUCAAAACUUCCAGAAUUGUAUCGUGACUGUAUAGAAGCCCGUUUCCCUGGGCUGAGUCUAGGGUGAGUUAGUAAUUGGUGCAUGUUAGACAGAACUGUGUUAUCUGCAGCGUUAGGUGUGUGAUCCCAUUUCUAGUAGGAUAUCCCUGCAAGACAAUCAAAAAAGCCUAAAGAAGUUUCUAACUCGGUGGCAUGUUCACAACUGGGGUGGGGGGGAGUUUCACUGGUACAAAUUCCUGGUCGGAGGCGUGCCCUCAGAGAGCCCUGGCAGCUUCAGAUCGGACUGUGCCACACUGCGUGCCAAGUGUUGGUUUCUGUGGGUUUAUUUAUCUUUUACAGUAGCACCCUCUUGGGUGUUUGUAACUCACUUAAUGCCUAACUCACAUUCCUUAAGCCGUCCCCUUCCCCGGUGGAAGUGAAGAGUCUGUUUCACUGAUAAGGAAAAAGCCCAGCUUGGGAGGCCAGCCUGCCCAGGAGAGAGCCCAGCCCUGCCUCUCCACCCAGCUGACUGCCGUGGGCAGCUCAGGGUUCCCAAGUGGUUUUGCCAACAUGGGUUGAACUGAGUUGGUGUUUCUGAGACUUGGCAGCACCUUGCCAAAUGAACCACUUAAAACAUUGUCCUAAAUCCCGUUUUCUCAUUGUGAGACUACGUACCACAGCAGCACAGGAAGAGAUGAUGUUGCCAGUGGAGUUCAGGAUGAGAACGUUGAGUUUGCUUCUAGAAGCAGCCAAAAAGCCCAGCUUGGGUUGUAUGUAAGUUGACCCAUUUCCAGAGUCUGUGGCUGCUCAGCCUCUCCCUCUCGUACAGCCACGUGUAAAAUUGUAUUGACCUGUCUAAGAACUUCCGAUGACUUAUAUGGCUAAAUGUGAUCAGAAUCUUUCUUACUGACCUGCGCACAUCUGUGCUGAAGACUCAGUGUUUCCAUGAUUACAGGGCUGGUUUGUUUUUGUGUGUGUGUGUGUUUCAUUUUUCCAUUGGAAAUAAAGAUGUCAAGAAGCUUUUAAAGGUCAUCAAAAGAAAAGAAGAGCCGGGGUGAAGGGUGCUUUCUUACUGUAAAUAAGGGGACAAGGACAGCGAGCAGCUUGAGGACUGACGUGAACUCUGGUGUCUAAGGACCAGCUUCUGCUGUCUGUGCCGCCUGGCUCCUGGUCUUGUUUCUAUGGGAAACAGAACAACUUCCACACGGUCUAUUGUGCUUUUAUAAAUUGUUUAAAGGUACUUUUAUAUUGUCAUUUUUAAAAAUAAAGUGCUUAUUCCAGCUGUCACACCAUUGCUUGGCAAAUUCCUUUUUCGCAAGAACCACCAAACACAUCCCACACAGCAGACCAGCGACCAGCAGAUCUUUUUUACCCAGUUUCAGGCCUUGACAGGGCUAAGGAUUGGCCACUGAGCUGGAGGGAACAGAAGCAGAGAUGGGAGAGUCGGAUGUACUCCAGGGCACUGCACCGUAGGUCCCUCCUGACCUGGGAAGUAGGGUCUCACACUGACGUCGGAAGAGCAGUUUGCUGCUUCCCAAUACCCCGAGACUGUGUGCCCACAGAAACCAGCUGCACUUCCCCGGCCUUUCAGGUCCACACCCAGCACGGCUCUGGGCACACUGGAUCAGGGGU